CCUGCCACAAUGCUGCUCCUCAGAUUGACCCUUAGCCUGGUCCUCCUUGGCGCCUCUUGGGGCUGUGGAGUUCCUGCCAUCAGACCAGCACUGAGCUUCAGUCAGCGGAUCGUCAAUGGGGAGAACGCAGUGUCUGGAUCCUGGCCCUGGCAGGUGUCUCUGCAGGACAGCAGUGGCUUCCACUUCUGUGGUGGGUCCCUCAUUAGCCAAUCGUGGGUAGUCACCGCCGCCCACUGCAAUGUCAGCCCUGGCCGCCAUUUUGUCGUCCUGGGCGAGUACGACCGGUCAUCCAGUGCUGAGCCUAUACAGGUUGUGCCCAUCUCGAGGGCCAUCACGCACCCUAGCUGGAACUCCAUGACCAUGAACAACGACGUGACCCUGCUGAAGCUCGCCUCUCCAGUCCAGUACACAGCACGUAUCUCACCUGUCUGCCUGGCUUCGCCCUCAGAGGUGCUGCCUGCAGGCCUCACGUGUGUCACCACCGGCUGGGGUCGCAUCAGUGGUGUGGGUAACGUGACGCCAGCACGCCUGCAGCAGGUGGUCCUGCCGCUGGUCACUGUGAGCCAGUGCCAGCAGUACUGGGGCUCCCGUAUCACUGACGCCAUGAUCUGCGCAGGGGGUUCUGGUUCCUCCUCAUGCCAGGGUGACUCUGGAGGCCCCCUUGUCUGUCAAAAGGGGAGCACGUGGGUGCUCAUCGGCAUUGUCUCUUGGGGUACAUCUGACUGCAAUGUGCGUGCCCCUGCCAUGUACACUCGGGUCAGCAAGUUCAGCAGCUGGAUCAACCAGGUCAUAGCCUACAACUAA